UAAAUUACAAUUUCGUCAUAUAAGGUAUCGAACUCGGGCGUAGAUACUCGUUUUAAGGAACACUUAAAACCACUCGGCCAAAAUAACCCUCCGUUCUUUUGAACGUACAAAUCCAACGGUCCAGAUUCCAUCUCCCUUCUUUCUCGCUUUACAUUAAUCAAAUCGCAGUUCGUCGCUCCCCACUCCUUUCGCCUCCUCCCUCUCUCUCUCUCCUUUAAACCGAAUCCAACAAACAAACUCUCCGAUCUGAGAUUAAUCAUCAACCAACAAUGGCAGUUUCAUCGCGCGACGAGUUCGUAUACAUGGCGAAGCUCUCUGAGCAAGCCGAGAGGUACGAAGAGAUGGUCGAAUUCAUGGAGAAACUCUCCUCCGCCACAGACGGCACCGAACUCACCGUCGAGGAGCGUAACCUCCUCUCCGUCGCCUACAAAAACGUCAUCGGCGCCCGCCGCGCCUCCUGGCGCAUCAUCUCCUCGAUCGAGCAGAAGGAAGAGAGCCGCGGCAACGACGACCGCGUCAAGACGAUCCGCGACUACAAGGCGAAGAUCGAGUCGGAGCUAUCGGGGAUCUGCGACGGGAUCCUCAAGCUCCUCGAGUCCGCGCUCAUUCCUUCCGCUGCUUCCGAGGAAUCCAAGGUUUUCUACCUUAAGAUGAAAGGUGAUUACUAUAGGUACCUGGCUGAGUUCAAGAUUGGUAAGGAGAGAGAUGAUGCUGCUGAUAAUACUCUCUCGGCUUAUGAAUCUGCUCAGGAAAAUGCUAAGGGGCUUGCUCCAACUCACCCAAUCCGUCUUGGUUUGGCGUUGAAUUUCUCUGUGUUCUAUUACGAGAUCCUCAAUUCUCCUGACCGUGCUUGCAACCUCGCUAAAACGGCUUUUGAUGCUGCCAUUGCUGAGUUGGACACACUAGGUGAAGAAUCGUACAAGGAUAGCACUCUGAUCAUGCAGCUUCUACGUGAUAACCUCACUCUCUGGACAUCCGACAUGCAGGAUGAAACUGCAGAUGAGAUCAAGGAAGCAACACCUCCAAAGCCAACAGAGGAGCAGAAAUGAUAUGAAUCUUUUGUUAGGGAUUGAAAUGAAACCAUCUUUCUUCGUUAUUAUUGUGUCUAAUCAAAGAGGUGUGUGUGUCCCCUCUCUUUUCUUUCCGCGUUGAAGUUAAACUCUUCUUUUGUUUUACCUUGUUGGAUUGAUUUCCAUGAUCGGAAGCGAAUCAUGCUCUGUUUGUUUCGCCCGUUUUCAGAUCAUGAAAGGGUUUUUUUUUCAUGUGAUUUGGGAAAUAAAUAACAAUUUUUAAGCAGAA